UAUAUAUAUACAUAUACUUUAUCGCUGCUCACUUAUUUGCAAGUUGCCGUGGGUCCAUUAAGCCAUCCAAGAAGACAGAUAGCGUAAAGACAAUCUAUAGAAGAAUACACAGUUAUUCAAGUUAUCCAAGUAAAGCAAGAUUCUUCUUGAAUUGAUUUCAUCUACGAUGUGGUCACUGCAAUUCUACAUCAUCGCAUUGUUUCUGUUCGACAGUCCAGUAACCGGGUCGCACUUCAGAUAUGCCACAGUCAGCUGUAGGCCCGCUCUGGAUAACGCUUUAGUUGUGACCUGUUCUUGGAGAUCUGCCUGGAGAUUAGAUUUUGGUCCUUGUGAAAAACCCUGUACGCAGGCUAAUGUAGGAAACCUUUCAGUUACUUCUUCGAGUUUUGCUGAUUGGCAGUGUUUCUCUGGCUGCGGUUUCUUUUUGAACAUGGCUCCUCAUCGGUAUUAUGUCACAGCCAUAGAUUCGACUGACGAUUGGCAACAAGGGGAAAAUGAGUUCAGUUUCACUCUGCCACAUUCUGGUGCAUUUUCGUUUGGAUUUGCCGAAUGUUGCUGGGUACCACUGGAAACAGGAUCUUUAAAAAGUAUAAAAGUUACAACUAAAUAUAAUGCUGGUAUCCGAAACGACACGGGAAAACCAAAUGCAAGCCCUGUAACCACAAGUAACCCCUUGGUUAGCAUGGAUAUCACAUGUGGCUAUCAAUUUGACAUCCCGAGUGUUGAUGCAGAUGGGGAUAUUGUAAGAUGUCGCUGGGCAAUUGGAUAUGCUGAGUGCGGCAACGUGUGUGGGCCACUUCCGGGGUCAACUUUGUAUCCAAACUGUUCCCUUAUCAUCCCGUCUUCUAAGCGAAGCCUGUACGGUAGUGGGUUUUAUGCAGUAGCAAUAAUGUUGGAAGAUUUCCCUGCAACAGACAUAACACAGGGUGGAGUGCAGAAAGACGAAACAACUCCAUUGUCAAAGGUCCCGCUACAGUAUCUUGCUCGCAUAAAGGAUGGUUGUAAUUGCGGCAACCCGCCCACUUUCACAACUCCACCAGAGACAAAAAACCUACGUGCUGGGCAGACCUUCACGAAGGACUUAAUAGCAUUUUAUCCCAGUGGAAUAACUGCCAUCAACGUCAUUCCACCAACCGGUGCUAAUGUGGGUGCAAUGGUUACUGUAAAUGGUACCACGGCCUCGGUUAACAUAACCUUGACUGCGACCCCUGCACAGCACGGACACCACCUGAUUUGUUAUCAAGCCUUUGGCGCUAAUAGAUGUCCUGGACCGUACCUUUGUGACAAAAUUGUAGUAGUUGACGGUGGAUGGUGCACGUACAGCGAUUGGAGUGAUUGCUCAGUGACUUGUGAAAACGGCACCCAGACACGCUCUAGGGAGUGCCAAUGUCCUGAACCCGCUCACGGUGGCGCCACCUGUGUGGGUGCGACAACCGAGACUCAGUCUUGUAGUGGCCCCCCUUGCCCAGUUGACGGUGGAUGGUGCACGUACAGCGAUUGGAGUGAUUGCUCAGUGACUUGUGAAAACGGCACCCAGACACGCUCUAGGGAGUGCCAAUGUCCUGAACCCGCUCACGGUGGCGCCACCUGUUUGACGGUGGAUGGUGCACGUACAGCGAUUGGAGUGAUUGCUCAGUGA